AUGAACAAGAUAUUAUCUAUUUGUAUUGUUUCUUUGUUGAUUUGUGAGAGUUUUGGCCUUUCUCUUGGCCGAGAACAAAGUAGUGGUACCAAAGGAAUAUUGACGUGCAAUGGCAAACCAUUAGCUGGUGUUAGAGUGAAGUUGUUUGAUGAUGACAGAGGUGAGAACUAGGUUUACACAAGUGUUACUCAUUUUAUAUUUUUAAACAUAUUAUUAGUAGAAAACAGCAAAAAUAUUACUUUUAGUAAUAAUGGUAAUCGUUUCAUUAAAUGUAUAUAAUUGAUAAAAAUAUACUUUUAAAUAUACUUUUUGAACUUUUUGGCAAAUUAAAAUAAGAUUAUUUUAACUUUUUUUAAAAUAAAAAAUAGAUCUUUGUAGGUAUUGACUCAGAUGACUUGCUAGAUGAUUCAAAAACAAACGAGAAAGGAGAAUUUAAUUUGAGUGGAUCGACAAGUGAGAUCACUACAAUCGACCCCAAAAUAAACAUAUACCAUGACUGUGAAGAUGGUAUUCGAGUAAGUAAAUCUUUGUGUUUACUAUAAUUUUAACUUAUUGUUAGAACUAUAACAAUAUUUUAGUCUGUAGAGCUCGGUAUUUCAAGUAGCAAAUCGAAAUACAGUGUCAUAAUUAAGUCUUUUAUACUGUAACCAUUAUUUGCAUCAAAAUCUGUAGUUCUGCAUACUGUACUAUAUAUUUAACAUUUUCCAAAAUUUUACGUAGCUGUAACUUUCAAAGAACCAAAAGUUUGUUAACAAAACAGUAAAUAUUUACGGUAAAAGGCAUUAUUAGCAUCGAAAAUAAUAAUUAAAUUUGUUUACAGCCAUGUCAACGAAAGAUGACAAUAUUUAUUCCUGAUUCGUAUGUCUCAAGUGGUCCUCAUCCCAAGAAGAUCUAUGACGCCGGUACCAUCGAAUUGAGCGGCAAAUUUCCGGGCGAAGAAAGGGAUUGUCUCCACUGA